GUCCCCUCCCUCUCGACUCGAGUACCGAUCGCAGCGGCGAAGAUGUUUCCGUUUGGGCGAAACCCGCCUCACUCUUCGAAUAACAAAGAGGAGGAGCCAUGGCUCGCCCAGUGUUUGAAGCCGGAGAAUUACCUCCCAGGAAUGAUCAUCGGCUUCCUUUUGGGGUUGUUUCUGGAUCUCUCGGCCACGCGCAGAGUCAGGGAUCCCAGGGGCAAGUCGUCCUCUCGUCCCGGCAAACACCAGUCGAUGUCGGCAGCCGCUUCUUCUUCUUCUCCCCGCGGCACCUCCGAAGAGCUCAAAAUGGUUCUAAUUGUUCGACAAGACCUGAAGAUGGGAGCCGGAAAAAUUGCCUCUCAAUGUGCCCAUGCAGCGACUGGCAUGUAUGCAGAGUUGCUUCAAAGCCAUCGCUCUCUUUUGAGACAAUGGGAGCAAUAUGGGCAAGCUAAAAUAGUUUUAUCAUGCAAGAAUCAGCAAGAGAUGAAUAAGUUGAAGGAAGCAGCAGACCGUUGUGGCCUUCCAACUUUUGUGGUUGCUGAUGCAGGGCGUACACAGGUUCUGGCUGGAUCAAGGACAGUUCUUGCCAUUGGACCAGGGAGGAAGGCAGACAUUGAUUCUGUAACUGGGAAACUGCAUCUGCUGUAACAAUGUGGGCCCCCAUGAUGAAAUUUUGGCAGAUACAUCUUAAAUGGCAGAAGAAAUGUUCCCAUGUCUUUGCUGUAAGUUCAGAAAUUCUUGGAAAAUGCUCUGAGACUGCAAAUGGCACUGUAACCAACGACAUGGAAUUUCCGAUCUCAUGAAGGCUAUGGAGUCAGUUGUGCUGAAUUGCUCAACUGCAAGUUCCUCAGUCGAGAUAACAACCAUCAUUCAUCAUUUACUUAUGACAAUUAAGGAAUUGCAAAUUGGCACAUCAUUUUAAUUAAGAAUUUCACUUUAGUAUGUGACUUUGUGUUAUUCACUUUAGACGGUUUUCUUUCCCCAAUUGAUGUAGCUUUGGUUACUAUUUUCGUUUUUAAUUUCUAUUCCUUGUCAUUUUUGUUGGGA